UCUAAAGCGAAAUGACGUUCUAUUUAAAAACUCACAUUGACAACAUUCUUUUGGGGAAAGAUAUUGAAACUGGAUGACUUGUGUUUAUUUUGCUAACGUUUGAUUUUACACUUAUAAAAUUAGUAAUGAUUAUCGAUUGUUGAGGCAUCAUGUCGAGCGACAUGAGUAGGGGACAUUUUGGCGACAGCGCCCGCAACAGGCCGGAACAUGACUUGAAAUUGAAAAAUUCAAACCACAUAUUUGACGGAGCUGGCGAGAAUAUUCAAUACCACAGCGAUUCGGAAUCACUCGCUUCGCGUAAAAGCAAGACGCGGUACAUAAACCCCGCUAUUUAUGUGGAGACGGUCGAGUCUAGUCAUUCGGUAACGUCACUGCAAACUGACUCGUGCAUUGAUGACGUCACUCCUCAUCCGCAUAGUACUUAUAGGAGCAACUCUACUCCUUUUUUGAGCGGCCGCGAGUCGAGUGCUUCCUCAGGCAGUGUUAAGAGAAAGUCCUGUAGGUUGCUUGGGACGGAUUACGAUCGACAAGAGGAUGUUGAAGAAGAGACUCCGCGCUAUGAUCGUACCUACCGAGAGGACGGGCCGGACACGUUUCGAUUGUCUGUGGCUUCGUUGUCGACUACGACAACAGCGAAAGAGGAACGCGAGCGUAAUGAGAAAAAGAAACAGGAGGCGUUCAAGCAGUGGAUUGCUCGCAAAGAACAAGAGAAACGUGAAAAGGCACGUCUUGAGAAGAUGAAACGGCAAACUGCACCAACAACUACAGCGGAGCAACGCGAAGAAUCGUACCGUCGUUGGUUGGAGAGGAAGAGGAUGCAAUCGGAGAGGCGCAAAGCAGAGGAGAUUAUGAAACAGUACCGAAUGAACGAGAAGGCCGAACAGGAGCGUAACAAGCGCGGGCGAGAGAAGGAGGAGAAACUCAGCGGAUGGGCCAAGAAGAAGGAGGAAGAACUGAAAGCGAUGAAGCUUCGCGAGGAGCGGAAAGCUGCGCGCGCGAUGAUGGAAGAGGAACGGAAGCGCGCCAACGGAGAGAGGGCUUAUCGCGACUGGUUGAGGACCAGUAAGAACAAACCUCUCCCUGUACCGCUCAACCAGGGAGAACUGAGUAUGCGCGGUUCAGUAUCACAGAUGUACAUAAAUCCUAUUCCCUGGCAACCUUUAUCCUGAAAGCGGCCUAAGAAAGUGACGAGGAAAAUGUUUUUUGAACAGUUCGCAACAAAAUCGCAGUUUGGCUGUAUUUUAUGUCAUAUUAGUAUUAUUUAAUAGUGUUAUGUACUUCGUUUUAGAUUAAAUUUUCGAUUUUUAGAUUAGAUUUUGUUGUAGUUGUGUUUACUUCUAGAUUAUUGUUGCAUUCAGUCAAUCACAAUGUGGAUGGUCAUUAAAUAAAACGCUUGUUUACAUUUGAAA